UACUAAUACUAAUGAUAUUCUUAUUCCUAAAAAAAGAAACACUUUUUCUACUUUUGGGAAAGCUCGUGCCUUUGUAGAAAAGUAUGCAGCACAAACCAAUAUUGUUACAAUUUUGGGAAGGACAACCAGAAAUUCGGAAGGUAAUGGUUAUAGACAGGCAUUUUUCGUUUGCGAGAAACAGUGGAGCUAUAAUGAAAAAAAUGAGGCAUAUACUACUAAGCGAAUAGGUUGUCAGUUUGUUAUCAGACUAAAUUAUCGUAAGCACUUAAAGGAAUUCGCUAUAACCAAAUUAUGCUUGGAGCAUAAUCAUGUUAUUUAUCCUGAUGCUAGAAAGUUCAGUAUCAAUAUGCGUAAAAUGGAUCAGAAUGAGCUAGGCACAAUUAAAGAUCUUCACAAUAAGGGACUUCGAACAAAAGACAUUUAUACUGUUUUAGCAUCUGUGAGCUCGAAGUAUGUAUAUAAACGUGACGUUUAUAAUGCUGUUGGUCAUCAACAUCAACAAAAAUUGCAAGGGCUAAAUGAUAUUGAGAUGCUGUUUAAAACUUUAGAACAUGAUGAAAAUAUUAUUGCAAGUAUUGCUACUAAACCUGCAUAUAAUGAUGAAUGUGAUCAAGAUGGAUCAUUUAUUCAAGCAAUCUUCUGGGCUCAUCAAAAUGCAUUUUCUGAAUUUGCAGUAGUGAAAGAUGUUUUGGUUGUUGAUGCAAUAGGCAUUGGUAUUAAUGAAUUUAUUCGGGCUUUUCAGAAACUUGUAUAUGAUGAUCUUUCAGAAGAUCAAACUGAACAAAAAAUUACAGAUCUAUGGUUACGUUUUCCAAGUGCAAAAAAGUAUAUAUGCGAAACAUGGAUGCCGCAUAAAGAAAGUUUGCUUGCAAUACACACAAAAGGAAAUAUGAAUCUUGAUAUCAGGUCAAGCCAGCGCGUUGAAAGCCUGCAUAGCCAAUUAAAAAGUGUUGAAAGUCGUAUUACUCCAAUUGAUAGGUAG